GGUGAGCAGCAGCAGCAGCAGCAGCGACUGUUGUGACUGAAGGAGUCACACGUCUCACUUUGAGCUCGCGACGCCGGAGGUCGGUUUCACAGCACGAGAGCACCCGGCGGUUUGAGGAUGGAGGGUGAGGAUGACACUGUCCUCAGGUCUCGCUGCAGAGCCAUUCCCAAGCUGCCCACCUUCCCUGACCUGGAUAGCUCUUUGGAUGGGGACUGUGACCAGGAGCAGCACCAGCAACGCGGUGGAGACAACCACAUCACCAGCAAUGGAAAAAUUGAAGUGGAACAUGUGAUCAGCAAAAAGCUACAACUGAAACGGAAAGCAGAGUUCUUGAAGAGCGACCUGAUGCGUCAGUUUGACAGUCAGGUGAACGACUUCAUGGACAGUCUCAUUGAAGAGUCGGCGAGCCUGGAGCCCGCGCCUGUAUCUGCUGUCUUCUCACCUCCGCUAUCAGACAAGGAGAGGAGCAAACUCAGGCAUUUCCGUCCUCCUCAUGGCCAGGGCAAGCAAUUUGUCAGUCGUAGAUCCCUCUUAGACGAGCUGUUUGAGGUGAACCACAUCAGGACUAUCUACCACAUGUUUAUUGCCCUGCUCAUUCUCUUUAUCCUCAGUACACUGGUGGUAGAUUUCAUUGAUGAAGGCAGACUGGUGCUGCACUUUGACCUGCUGGUUUACGCAUUUGGACAGCUCCCUCUGGUGGUGUGCACGUGGAUCUGCAUGUUCCUGUCUGUGUUGCUGGUCCCCUACACCCUGUUCCACCUGUGGUCACAGACCCAGUCUGGGUCUAACAGACACCCCAAGUUGUGCAGUUUGCUGUUUGGCUCUGUGUUCCUGCUCUACCAAGCUCUGGGUGUGGGAUUCCUGCCGACAUAUGUGGUGGUGACCAACAGUUUUCCACCUGCGUCAUGUUUCAUCAUCAUCCUGGAACAGGUGCGUCUAAUGAUGAAAGCUCACUCCUUUGUCAGGGAGAAUGUACCAAGAGUCCUGACCUGGGCUAAAGACAAGACAAGUCCCAGCCCAGUGGUCCCUCAGGUCUCUCAGUAUCUCUACUUUCUGUUUGCGCCCACACUCAUCUACAGAGACAAGUACCCCAGAAACCCAGUGAUCAGAUGGGGCUACGUGGCCACAAAGUUACUUCAGGUACUAGGCUGUAUGUUUUAUGCCUAUUACGUGUUUGUGCGGCUGUGCAUCCCUCAGUUCCAUAGCAUCAGCCUGCAGCUGUUUGACCUGAGGGCCAUGGUCCUCUGUGUCUUUAACUCCAUCCUGCCCGGCGUGUUGGUUCUCUUCCUGGGGUUCUUUGCCUUCCUUCACUGUUGGCUUAAUGCUUUUGCCGAGAUGCUCCGCUUUGCUGACAGGAUGUUUUACAAGGAUUGGUGGAACUCAACCUCUUUUGCUAAUUACUAUCGCACUUGGAACGUGGUGGUCCAUGACUGGCUGUACUACUACGUGUACCGGGACUUACUGUGGAUGUCUCAGAAGCGCUGUAGACCAGCAGCCAUGCUGUUUGUGUUUACGGUGUCUGCAGUGGUCCACGAGUACAUCCUUGCAGUCUGCUUCGGCUUCUUCUAUCCUGUGCUCUUCUGCCUCUUCAUGUGCUUUGGAAUGAUGUUCAACUUUAUUCUGCAUGACCAAAGGAAAGGUCCCAUCUGGAACAUAAUCAUGUGGACGUCACUCUUCCUGGGUCAGGGAGUCAUUAUCUGUCUGUACUCCCAGGAGUGGUAUGCCCAGCGCUACUGCCCGCUGAAGGAGCCUUCCUUUCUGGAGUUACUGAAGCCCCGCUCCUGGAGCUGCCAGAAACUGAUGUCGGACUCUGACAGGCUGUGAUCUACGUUCGGACUACUGCAAAGCACCAUCACUGAUCAGUUUAAAUUUGACUAGCCUUUCUGUUACUGUCAUAACUUGUGGUCUUUCCAGUUUGUUUUAUUUUAUUGCACUAAGGUCAUGACUGAGUCGGUGUAUGAAUGUGUGGAAGAGGUCCACUUAGUAUGUGCCAAAAUGUUCUUUACUCUGAAAGCAAAGUCACAGUGAUGCCUUACUUACCCGUUUUAUGUUUUCAAAAACAAACCACACAAAAAUACAAGUUCACAUAUAAUCACAUGUGAACUCUUUUAUUUUUAAGCACUAUUUAUUUUUUUCCAUUCGUUUUGCCUUGAUCAAGUGUGAAACCACUCCUUGUGCCAUUAUGAUGGUGACAAACAUGAUACGGCAGCAGAAUACAAACACACUAUACAAAUAUGAUUCACAUAUGCAGUAAUGGUUAAUACUUAACAGAGUGUGCAAUUACUACUCUAAUAUAGAUAACAUUCAGUAUGUUUGGGAAGCCUUCCAAUGUUAUUUAUUUUCACUGCCAAUAAGAUUUAUUUUGAAAAAUGGCCACUGUUUGGUGAUUUGUAUAAAUCUAUAAGGAACUGUGGCAUCUGUAUUAUAGCUUCAAGACUGCAGUCAGGUUUUCUGAAGAGGAAAAUGAAGGUGUUAAACAUGUUGGUCGCAGUUGGGGACGUAUGUUGUGUGUUAAUAUAUUCUGACUGCUGAAUGUAUUCUUGAUUAAUCAAAUACUUUCAACUGAAAUGGUUCGAACAUACAUCUAAUGUCAGUUUCAUGUGAACCUAAAGUUUGUUUUUCCAUGACCAUUGUUGAGAGUUAUGUGGAGGUGAAAUUGCUAAAGAAUAACUUAUUACUGUAACUGUUGCAGCUGGCUGCUAAAAUGUCUUAACAUUGAAACAGUGAUGAUACUUGAUUAGCACUAAGGGCUACAGAUUGCUUUGUCAGAUACUGAGUACACGAAAUAAGACAGUGUUUUCUUAUUUAAAUCAUCAUAUACAUUUUACACAACAGUGAUUUCCAUGUCAAACUAAUGGACAGAAUCUAUAUGCUCAGUGUGCUUUUAGUUCCUGUGGUCUUGAAAUAAUGUCUUUACACAUUUGUAUUAUUUUGAGGAAAUCACAAAGUUAAUGCACAGUUAAUGCAGGGAGACUGUAUUUACACUUGUGAAUAAUGAGAUGCACAAUAUGAAGUAAAAACCAGCAAUGGAAAAACUCAGCACUUCCAAAAACUGUAUGACCACCACAAGGUGGCACUGUAUUAAAAGCUUUUACUUUGGAUCCUUCCUCUGCUCAAUUUGGCUGUGAUUUGUGGUCAGGAGCAAGAGUCCCUUACAAAUUUUAUAUUAACACACACAAGUACCAGCAACCUAUUUUUAUAAUAUGUACAUAUAAUAACAGAAACACUGGAAUACGCUGUGGUAUUUAACUCUUGAGAGCUCCACAUAUGGCUGAAGCUUAAAUCUUGCUUUAUGCCUUUUGAUAAUUUUGUUAACGACGGUAGUAAAAAGAGUCAGGCUGCAAAGAUGCCAUGUAUUUGAAUUAUAUCUUUAUUUUUGUUGGAGCAGAGCUUAUGUCUGCUAGCUUAACUGUCAUAUUUGUGUUCAUUGUGAUCUUUUUUCUGGCCUUGAAUAGUUUUUUUGUGUCAGGUGAUAGUUUUAUGAAUCAGUAUGUUGUUUGCUAUUUCCUGAUGUAGACAAAUGUCUCAAAAGACUCAUCAAAGUAUAAGAACUAUUAAGAAUAAAAACCUGAAAUAUGUUAACUAA